GGGUUCGAAUCAGAAGGUACGAUAAAGAGAAGCAGAGCGAGACGGAGAUCGUCGCUCUCGAUCCCCGUCGUGCUCGUGCUUGCGUCUCCGUCCCCAUCCUUGAUCUGAGUCUCCGAACCCUAGCGAUCACGAAGGAGGGAGCUGAAGCCCUAGAAACCCCGCGGAUCAACAAGCUCCACUCUGAUCAACCCCUCCGCCGCCUUUUCCAACUCCGAUCCGUUGUUCUGCAGAGCUGAAACCGCUCUGUAGGGUUUCUUUUGAACGUUUUUGGUUGGAAAUGGCCUCUCAGACCGCAGCUCCUGCUGGAUCACCACCCUCGCCGCAAGUGGUUGGGAACGCGUUUGUUCAGCAAUAUUAUCAUAUUCUCCAUCAAUCGCCGGAGCUGGUGUAUAGGUUUUACCAGGAUGGUAGCAAGCUCGGCAGGCCUGAGCCUCAUGGCGCCAUGAGUUGCAUCACCACCAUGCAAGCCAUCAAUGAGAAGAUACAGUCCAUGGAUUAUGGCGAGUACCGGGCAGAAAUAAAGACGGUGGACUCGCAGGACUCGCUUAAUGGUGGGGUGCUUGUUCUCGUGACAGGGUACCUUACGGGAAAGGAUAAUGUGAAGAGGGACUUCACGCAGUCAUUCUUCCUUGCCACACAAGACAAGGGAUACUUUGUCCUCAAUGACAUCUUCCGUUAUGUGGAUGAGGCCGAUGGGACCAAUAAUCUUCAGGGAAAUCUGAGCGUGGCCAAUGGGACUGCUUCCCUGCAAUCUGAUGAACAAGAAUCUGGGAUGCCUCAGGACGAAAGUGUUGCUGAAGAUGCCAUUUCCCUACCAAGAGAGGAGGAGGAGGAGGAGGAAGAGGAGGAAGAGGAGGUUGUUGAUGAUGUUGAAGAGUGUAAUCCAUCAGAUAAUGGAGUUUCCGGCGUGGAGGAGGAACCCCCAGUGGAUGAUGUGAUUGAUGAAAUUCCAAACAAUUCUCAGACAGUGGUGGUGGAUACAAGUCCUGUAACAUUAAAGGAGGAAGGGCCGAAGAAAUCUUAUGCUUCAAUUGUGAAAGUUCCUCCCCUUUCUGCUUCAACUUCAACUCUUAGGCAAGUUCCCGUUAUCACAGAAAGACAGACGCCCCCUGCUCCUACCUCAGUCCCUGCAGUGGAAAUUCCUGCUGCCGUUUCUAGCGCUACUGAAACCAGUAGCAUCCAGGAGGCAGAAGCUGAUGGUCAUUCCAUAUACAUUAAAAGUCUACCGCUGAAUGCUACCCCUGCCCAACUUGAGGAGGAGUUCAAGAAGUUUGGACCCAUUAAGCCUAAUGGCAUCCAAGUUAGAAGCCACAAGCCACAAGGGUUCUGUUUUGGUUUUGUAGAGUUUGAGGUUGCCAGUGCUGUCCAAAGAGCUAUAGAGGCUUCACCUAUAAUGAUUGGUGGUCGCCAGGCUUAUGUUGAAGAAAAGCGGCCUAGUGGUUCACGAGGAGUUGGUGGUGGUAGCAGAGGAAGGUUUUCACCUGGAAGAGGUAGUGGUGGGUUUCGAAAUGAAGGGAUGAGGGGGCGUGGGAGCUACGGUGGCGGGAGAGGUUAUGGGAGGGGAGAUUUUAACAACCGGGCUGAAUAUGGAGGCAGAGGCGGUGGCCGUGGUGUGUCUUCAGGUCGUGGAGGUGAGAUUGGGUACCAGAGGGUUGAUCACAUGGGAUCCAGUGGCAGCCGUGGAGGUCGCUCUGGUCAGUUGACGACCUCUCCGAGAGGCGUCACGCCUCGUGUUCCCGCUCCGGCCUAACAUAGAAUAAACAAACAACUUGUACUACUAAGUCAUGAGUUUCAUAGUUAUCAUUCAUCAGGCACUCGAAUUUGAAUUCUCGAUACAUCAUUGGGCUCCUCAUCAUAUUCCUAAUUGUUUCCAGGCAGUAGUAUCCUUGAAAGUGUUCAGAUGUUCUUAGGCGCCUCUUCUUGUUUGUGCAAGCUGCCAUAGAGCAUGUUAUAGCAACUGGUUGCUAGUGUCCUGUUUUUUGUAGAAUAUGUCAUGUCUUUUUUUCCUCCUUUUUUUAAUUCUCACCACAUACUUGUCACUUUGUUCUCUGACCGUCAAGGGAAAGACUCUUUUCUUGUUUCACCAUUGUUUCAUUAUUGUUCCUUCCACUUGUGAA